AUGACAAGAAAUAUAUUAAAUAACCGUCUAACCAAGCUCUAUACAAAAAAUGAUGAGUGUAAGCAGUCUGGUAGUAUGAAUAGCGAGGUCUCUACUCAAGAAAAUCGGAAAAAGAUAAGGAAGAGUAUAAGAAAAGUAUUAGAUGAGGAAUUUGCAGAUAUAGAUGAUAAUUAUGGGUUAUUAGGAAGAUCAAUUAAUCCAGAAGAGGCUCCUAGUGCUCGAUUGAGUGAUAUUGGUGGUAUUGAUCAUAUCAAGAAGGAUAUUGAAGAAUUCAUAAUACGCCCAAUAAAAAAGCCAGAACUUUAUAAGCGUAUAGGUGUUAGUGCUCCCUGUGGUAUACUAUUACAAGGUCCUCCUGGAACUGGGAAGACACACCUUUCACUUUGUAUAGCAGGCGAAGUUGGCUUACCAUUUUUUCGAGUAUCGGGGCCAUCUUUAAUUAGUGGAAUGUCAGGAUCAUCAGAGGCAACAUUGAGGAGAUUGUUUGAUAAUGCUGUAGAAAAUGCUCCAUGUUUCGUUUUAAUUGAUGAAAUAGAUAUAAUAUCUCCAAAGAGAGAAGGAAACGGAAGAGAUAUGGAAAGGAGAAUAGUAGCUCAGUUUGCUAAUUGUCUUGAUAGAAUUGUAGGUAAAUUUGUAAUUGUAAUAGGUACUACAAGCCGUCCAGAUGCAAUAGAUCCAAUGAUAAGAAGAAAUGGUCGGAUAGACCGUGAGAUAUCUAUGCCAAUGCCAGAUGAAAUAUCUAGAAAGCACAUUCUUCAAGUUUUAUGCAGAGAUAUAAAUAUGGAUAAAAAUAUUAGCUGGAAUAAAAUUGCUAGGAUUACUCCUGGAUUUGUAGGAGCAGACUUGAAAACUCUUGUUAAUGAAGCCGCAUUAAUACGAGUCAACAAGAUAUGCUUGGAGGAUUCAAAUAAUCAUAAUAUGAUUAUGCCUGUAGAUAAAUUUGACCCUGAAGUUCAAUAUAAAUUACUAGCAGCCUCUAAAAUUUUAAUACAAGAGGAUAUAGAAGGAUAUAAAAGUAACUCAAAUGAUAAUAAUAAUAAGGAACAAUAUAUUGAAAAUUUAGAUAUAAAUUUAGGUCUUAAUAGGGAGUGUUACUCCAAAGUACUGGAGGAGGAUUUACUGGAGGCUUUAAAACACGUAACUCCAAGUUCACGUCGUGAAGGUUUUACUAUGAUACCAGAUACAAGUUGGGAUGAUGUAGGAGCUUUGGAUGAGCUUCGAAAAGACUUAGAGCUAAGAAUUAUAGCUCCUAUAAAGCAUGCUCAUAUUUAUGAUAGCCUGGGAUUAGAUACACCUUCUGGUAUUUUAUUGUAUGGUCCACCAGGAUGUGGUAAAACUCUACUAGCUAAGGCAAUUGCUCGUGAAAGUAAUGCAAAUUUUAUCAGUAUUAGAGGGCCUGAACUUCUGAAUAAGUAUGUUGGAGAAUCAGAGAGAGCUGUAAGGACUGUCUUUGAAAGGGCUCGCUCCUCAGCACCAUGUAUUGUCUUUUUUGAUGAAUUGGAUUCUUUAUGUGCUGCUAGAAGUAGUGACGGAAAUGGAGCCUCAGAGAGAGUAGUAAAUCAGCUUUUAACAGAAAUGGAUGGUGUGGGCGAAAGAAAAAAGGUUUUUAUUGUGGCUGCUACUAAUAGACCUGAUAUUAUUGAUCCUGCAAUUAUGAGACCUGGUCGUCUUGAUAGAAUAAUAUAUGUUUCCUUACCUAGUGAAUAUGGUAGAAAAGAUAUACUAGAACGAAUUACGAGGAAAACUCCUUUAGCUAAUAAUGUAGACCUAGCAGCUAUUGCAACAAAAACUAUUGGUUUUUCAGGAGCUGAUCUGAACCAACUAGUGCGUGAGGCUACACUGUUGGCUUUGGAUAAAUUAAGAUUAGAAAGUAAUAUUAUUUUUGAGGCAAAUAAGGAAGAUAUUGAUAUGCAGAAAAGUAGCUUAGAAGGUAUUGUAACUCAAGAUUUAUUACUUUCUGUGGUUAAAAAUAUGUCACCUUCAGUUAACCACGAACAAGUCCAAUUUUUUGAACGCCUCCAUAAUGCAAGAAAAAGAAGUUAG